GAAGAGACGAAAAACAGAGAUACGGUGCGCAGAGACUCCCAGUAAGCGGCAGCUGGCCGACUGUCAUAUAAAGCGCUGCCAAUGGCCGGCCCGCCGCUGUUUCUCUGCCUCAUAUUCCUGCUUCCGACACUGUCAGGUCAAUUUCACGUGACUUCACCAAAUGAACAGCUGGUAGCAGAACUAGGCUCCAGCGUUUCCUUGCCCUGUACCUUAUCACCCCCUCUCAGUGCUGAUGGUUUGGAGGUGCGCUGGUUCCACACUAUCUACAGCCCACAUGUUUAUUUACUAAAAGAUGGAAAGGAGGAUAAAGAGCAACAGCGUGCUGAAUACCGUGGGAGAGUAUCCUUACUUAAUGGACCUGAUACUGGAGAUCUUACACUUACUUUGCAGAAAGUGCAGCUCUCUGAUGCCGGCAAUUAUGUUUGUUUUGUGGAGAACAGAACCAGUCGUGUCUAUGAAGAGGCAUUCAUACCGCUUGUUGUUGUUGUUGCAGGCUCCCUCCCUACCCUGGAUAUCUCCCUGCAGGACAGCUCAGUUUUGCUCUCAUUUUCUUCCUCGGAUUGGUACCCUAAACCCCAGAUGCGGUGGGAGAAGAAUAAGGGAGUUCCCAUUGGUCUGGAGUCAGAGACUUAUCUUGAGCAAAGUAAUGGCCUUUUUAAAGUAGAAAGCAGCAUUCUCCUCAAAAGUCCCAAUACAGAUCCUCUAUACUGUGGAGCCAGUCAUCCCUUUAUGGGAAGAGAUACAGGCAUCUUCUUAAGAAUCUCAGGGGACCUGUUUCCUCGUGUCUCUCGUUGGGUCUAUGCUUUUGUCACCAUUUUCAUACUUAUGCUAAUAGGAGUAGUUGUUACAAUUCUUCGUGUCCGGAGGCUAUGGCAUGAGAAAGAGAAGCUUACUAGAACAGUUGCUCGUCUAUCCUCUGAAGUGGACUGGAGAAAGGCGGUUAUGCAACCAGUGUAUUUUACAUUCAACCCAGAUAUUACUCACCCAGAACUGUCAGUCUCUACUGACCGCCUAUCAUUCUAUAACAAACCGCCAGUCAGUCCACCAGUAAUGAAUAAAUUGCGGUUUGAGACAGAGCGAUGCUGUCUAGGAGACCGUACCUUCUCGUCUGGUGAUCAUUACUGGGAGGUAGAACUGAUUCAUGGAGAAGAGUGGGCAGUGGGAGUGUCCUCUCCAGACGUAAAAAGGAAAGGAGCAGCUUAUAUGUUUGGCCCCCAAGAAAAAAUCUGGUGUGUCUGUCGCUUUGUUGAAACUUUUAAGGCUUUGGACAAUACAGAGUUCGAUCUUGAUGUGACAGCGGACAGUUUUAAGAGAGUGGGAGUCUAUCUGAAUCUUACCAAACGGACAGUUUCUUUUUAUGAUCCCACUACCUGGAUAGAACUGUAUACUUUUGGAGGUGUGCCCCAAAUAGUACAGCCAUUUUUCUGGCUGGGCACAAGGGGGGGUGAAGUUAGACUGAAAAAGAGGCUCAGUGAAAGGAUGAAAACCGAAAAUAACAUGGAAGAAAUGGCAGAACAUACUGGUCUAUUAGAAAAUGUAUCUUUAUAAUCACAAAUAUACCACAAUUCAUCAUUGCACAAAACAAAGGUCAGAUUUAUUAAUAAGACACUUAAAAAAAAAACAUGAUGGCAGAAAAAAAAACUUUGUAUGUACAACCACGAAUACAACUCUAACUGCCUUCAUCAGCAAUGUUUUGGUGAGGGUGGGGUAGGACAUGUAGGUGGACCUCUCCUGCCCACCAGUGUUGGACUGGGACACCAGGGGCCCACCCAAAAACCUUACAUCAGUGGCCCACCAAAAAAAACAGAGGGUUUUAGACCAGGGGCCACUCUCAGUACUAUUAUUCUUCCUCUCCUUGCUCAGUCUCUAUUCUCCACGUCUCUUUUCUUUACAUACUAUAGUUAUAAUACUAUUUAGCCUCUUUGUUCCCAUAGAAAUAGGGAAUGGCCAUGAAAUAGGCCAAAUGUUUAGCAGCAUGAGAACCCACUGACACCUGGGCCCACCGGAAGUUGUCCUGGUAUCCCUGUGGGCCAGUCCAACACUGCUGCCCACUACCGGUCACCCACUUGUUGGGGAGAUGAGGCACAUGCAGAAUAGUCUUCUUGUCUCUUGAAGUCUUAAAUUGUGAUGUUAGAAGCUCCAUUUACAAGGAUAUAGUUUGCAGUUUGGCCAUAGGGAAAUGGCCAAAUUGUAGAAUAUAGAGGGAAUAAUCCACCCUCCUACUGUAGAAUAUAUAGGUCAUGGAACUCCAAGGUGACUUUGGAAAUACAUCAUUUAUUGUAAUAGACACGUUUAAGGGAGUCACGUGACAGAAAUUAUAUGAGGAAGCUCUUGUGUAUUUUAAGGAUAUACAGUAAAUGAUCAGUUAGUUAAGUUUUCUUAAGCAUAUAUAGUUAUUCUUUAAAGGAGAAGAAAAGGUUAAACCACUGGGGGGUGCCAAAUGUUAGACACCCCUCAGUGAUUAUAUUUACUUACCAGCCUGGGGUAUCAAGUAAGAGAUUAUAAUCACUGUAUCUGACAUUUGGCACUCCCCAGUGUUUUCUCUUUUUCCUUCUCAUAAUAAAAAAAACCAAAAACAUAAUGUGUGAUUUUAUAGGUCAAUUUCUAAUUGUAUUGUAUUAUAAUAAAGUGUUUUUGUGAUA